GCCCUCAAACGGCCACGCAAACCCCGAAGGAACACAAACCACACGCGACUCGCGUCCCGAACACCGUAGCUCACCGGCCCCGAAUAAUCGAACGCGCAAAAAGCCACAAAAGCGAUAAAGCGAUUAAAAAAUUCACAAAUCGAAUUUCAACCCGCAAUUUACGAUCCACCGAAUUUAUCAAAGGACACUCGCGCGUCCAUUGGCCCCUGGGACAUCAAUAAGGUUCGUAUCAUUACGUCAUGUGUGUGUUGGUCUAACUUUGUCGCGUCGCUCUCACGCGCCCCGCAGUUUUCGUCCCCGAAAAUGUUGAAUUGAUUCGAGAUUUCGAGGAUUUGUCGGUGCAUUUGAUCGAGCAAAAUGUCUAUCAUUGACGAUUCAGAAGCGAUAUCCUUCGAAGUGGAGGACUUCCAGGUGUUGGACGAGUGUCUGGGGGAAGAGGACACUCCCCCGAGCGAUGAGAGCCCCCUGAAACCGGACAAGAACGACUCGAACAUGGAGACUGCAGACGGUGAGGACAUAGACUUCACCACUGACCUUGGCCUAGAUCAGCUGAACGAUCAAGAUGUUAUGGAGCACUUGACUGAGAUUGAGAACAUUGUGCUCGACGCCAAGAGCUUCGGUCUGGAGCCCAACGAGGAGGACAGCCCCUCGAAGGACGAUGAGGACAAGCCGCCUGACGGUUCAGAUGAUUGUCCUGACGUUAUUCUCCUCGAGCCGGAUAAAUCUGAUGACCCUGCCAUCAGUGAGGCAGGUGAUGACGAUGGGAAGGAGGUGAAACCUGAGAAAAUGGAGGAGGAGAAGGUGGUCGAUCCAGAGCAUCAGUGGUAUGAGGAGAAACUCAACACCAAGGUUGAAACCGUAAAAGACAGGCUGGCGAAGCUCGCCCGAGUCCUCGAGUUCUCCUACCCCUGCUACAAAGAGUACCUCCAACAGCAAGCAAAGAAAAAUUCAACAGCAGUAUGUAAACUAGAUCCCCCUCGUCGAUGUCCCCUGGACAGACCCCACACCAAUCGUUGGAAGUUCAUAUGCACUAGAAAGCCUCUCGAGGAAACAGGCGAUACGAAGGAGGAGAACAAGGAUGACAAUACUGUUACCAAGAUUGUUAAAACAGUAUGGCGAUUGGCACCAUCUGGUGAUUCGAUUUCCAAUGCCAAUGCAUUGCAAACCAAUCCACCAUUUGUUAUGCAUGCUGUUAAGAUAUUUGAGGACUUCAUCAACACCGAGACAACAAAUGAAGAUGAUAAAAAAUCAACGGGAGAUGAUGAUAAAGAGAGUUUUGAUGGAAGGGAGACGUGGCUGUGGCUGCUUGUACGUAGCAAUAGCAAUGAUGAACUCAUGCUCUUUGCUACGGGAAAAGAGAUAUCUCAGAGUAGGAUGGAGGAGCUCAAGGGGAUUUUCGAGAGUGGAGAGGGGAGGGAGUGCAAAGUUAAAUCACUUUACUGCAAGACUACUUCAAAAAUCGAUGGUGCAGUUGUCACCCAGACAAUUUUCCUCUCCGGUGCUGAGGCACUCGACGAAACAGUCGGAGACUUGAAGAUUCAGUUAGCACCGAAAACAAAUUUUUGGUCGAAUACUACUGGAGCUGAACAGCUGGGAAAAGCAGUGAGAGAUCUGCUGGAUCCAUCGCCAGAGACUACUGUUAUCGAGGUUGGGUGUGGGCUGGGGCUCAUCUGCCUGAUGCUAGCUUCGAAAUGUGAAAAAGUCAUCGGUCUGGACUCGCAAUCAGAAGUGGAAGAGGCCGAGAUGACGUGCGACCUGAACAAAAUAAAGAACGCCACCUUCAUAAUGGGGGAUUCCCCCGAAUCCAUGUCAAAGUUGGCCAAGUCCGUGGGAAAUCGAAAGACCUACGCAGUGAUAAACGCCAACACAUCAGUGGCCCGCAAGAUCGACGUGAUCUGGGGCCUGCGUAAGAUUCCCACACUCCGUCGAGUGGUGAUGGUGACAACUCUUGCCAAGCAGUCAAUCCGCUCAAUCCUGGAGCUGAUAAAUCCCUCGGUUCCAGCCCUGGGCCGGCCCUUCGUCCCCAUAAAAGCAGUCGUAGUGGACACACUACCAACGGGUCAGCACUUCGAGGUCGCCAUUUUGAUGGAGCGUCGACCGGCGUCAUCGCUGAUCCACCCGAAGCCCAUCUCCAACAACUCAAAGGCCGAAAAGCCCCAGAGAUCACCCUCGAAGGCCGAGACCUCCCGGCCAACCCAGAAAUCCACAACUCCGAAGACGACUUCUACCUCCAAAGGGGGCACUUCAGCAAAACGUCAACCCCCUCGUCGUUCCCUGCCCGACAAGACCCUCGUGAAGAAUCCCUUCCACGACAAGACCUCCCCCAAGCCCUCCCACAAGUCCUCGCACUCGAAAAAUCCCCCUCCCCCCCGUCCCUCUCGCCCAUCAAAAUCAAUUCUGAAGAAACCCCUGAAGAGAGGUCACGGCGAGUGCGAGUCCUUCAAGAUAUCGGUCCCGGCUAAGCAGAUACGCCCCUCUAUAACUGAUCCCAACGACCUGAGAUCCCGGCUGAAUCACAAUCGCUCGGAGCCAGAUUUGGCGCAGCAGGUGAGGGAGCAGCAGAGAAUUCUGGAAGCAGCAAAGCAGAAAUUGGCGUCGAGUGUUGAUCCAUCAACAGCUCGUCAACUCCAGGAGAUUCUCAAUCUGGCGCUUGAGCAGACGAGUAACAUGCAGAAUCAGCUGCCACGAUCGGUUUGGGACAGAAUAGCACCACCGGAGGGCUCGGCCCCCCUCAAUCGCUCCCACAAUGACGUACCAUUGAAGGGGAGUUUUGUGGAGGGCAGAGGGGGCCAGGACAUCGUCAUUACGACGCCAAAUGCUAAGUUCAAUGACUCGGCAUCGAGGAGAUACGAUAAUAUACCCCCAGCGAGUCCCAAUCAGCUGAUGCCAACUGGUUACUCCGCUGUGAGGGACAGGAAGAGUGGAGGGGAGAGAGAUAGAAGGGAGAAGCCCUACGACAGGGCUGGAGAUAAGUGGGGGGCUGGAGUCAGGGGGAGAUCCCCGAAGAGGUCUGAUCGAGUGUCACCGAGGCGAGGGAGCUCCCCCAGAAGAGGGUUGAGCCCCCGGAGGGGGCCAAGCCCCCCUAGGAGGGCUCUGAGUCCCAGAAGGGGGCUGAGCCCCCCGCGAAGACAUUAUUCGCCUGGGGUGAGGAGGAGGAGUUCACCGAGGCCUCAGGAGCCACCGAUGAGGAGGACCUCACCACGCAGACAGUUGAGCCCCCCCAUGAGGGCUCUGUCGCCCCCUAGAAGGCAGUUGAGCCCCCCUAGGCGGGAGUUUGAGGGUCAGAGGAGGUCGACGACGAUUGAACAGAUCGAGGUCGUGAGGAGACAGUUGUCACCAAGGAGGGGCUUGUCCCCCCCGAGGAGGGGUUUGUCGCCCCCUAGGAGGGGGUUAUCGCCCCCUAGGAGGCAAGCAUCGCCCCCUAGAAGGCAACUGGCAACAACAGUGACUCCGAUGUUUGGCGAUGACUGGGAUAUACCGACUAGGGGUGCUGUGGAACAGCAGAGCAACUGGCAGAGGCAGAAUGAGAGACAGGGGGAGAGACAGGCGAAUUCCAGCUGGAGUUUUCAAUCGGGAAGUGAUGUCGGAAGGGCUGGGCCUCUAGAUAGGGGGUCUCUUGAUAGGGGUCCCCUAGAUAGGGGGGCUCUAGAGAGAGGGCUUCUUGAGAGAGGUUCUCUAGAUAGAGUUCUCCUAGAGAGGGGCUCUCUAGACAGGGGGGCCCUGGAGAGGGCGGUUUUAGACAGGGGUCUCCUAGAUAGGGGACCCCUGGAGAGGGGGGCUCUAGACAGGGGGCCUCUAGACAGGGGUGCUCUGGACAGGGGGGCCCUAGAGAGAGGGGCUCUCGACAGAGGGCCCCUAGAGAGAGGGGCUCUAGACAGGGGGCUCCUAGAUAGGGGUCCCCUAGACAGGGGUCUGGCAUCUGGUCCUGCAGCUAGGGUCGACGACAAUUGGAUUGCCAAACAGAGUUUGAGUGAAAAUAGGUGGAGUGGGGGGGGAGGGCCCCCCAGUGACAGUAUCUGGUCGAGUAGGGGAAAGGAGGGGUUCUCGAGUGGAGGGGGUGGGAAGAUGUGGGAAGGGAGUAAGGAGGACUGGAAUGAUCUGCCAGAGGAUGCUAGAGACCCCUGGGACGAUGGGGGGAGCAAAGAUAGGUGGCAGGGGGGAGGUAAUUCUGGAAUCUGGACUAUGUCAGGGGGGGCAGGGGGCGGACAGAGAUGGAGCCAGGGGCAGGGGGCUCAGGGGGGGCAGCCCUGGACACAGAGAACUACUUCGUUCUCUGGGGGAUUCUCCGGAAGGGGCUUCAGCGGUUUUAAUGACGGGCGAUAAGGAAUUAUAGGGGGAUUCUGGGGGCUAGGGGAUUUCUUGGAAGGGGGGCUAGGAGGAUUGAGGAUUGCUUGAUAACUUGAUGGGGUUUGGAGAUUUUGGAGAUUUUCUGAUGGCAAUAUACGAUGAAAUUAGGGGAUUAGGGGGUUUGAUGGCCAUUUCGAAAGAGGUUUUUGGGGAGAAUUUCAAGGGUUUGAAAAGCUCUGAAGGGAACUUUUGAUGAAUCGAAUAAUUUGCGGUUUUUCAUGAAAUAUUCGAUUUGUUUCCUGGGAAUAUCUCGGAAACUAGUGGAUGGGAGGGUGCGAUUGAGGGAGUUUGAGAGGUCUAGAGAAUUCCCCUAGAUUUAUGAAGGGUGGAUGGAUUUAUGAAGGAUAGAUUUCACCUAUGAGAUAAAAAAAACUGGUAGGGGGAGGGGCCAGGGGGAAUUUCAGGAUUUUUUGAUGAAUGGAUUGGGUUCGGAUGCAUUGGCGAUUUUCUGAUGGACAAAUCCGAGAGAUUCUUUUUGGAUGAAUAGUUUUGGAUUUUUUGGGAGUGUCUAGGGGACUAGGGGGUUUCAAGGUCAAUUUCAAAAGAGGUUUUUGUGGAGAAUCUCGAGGGAUUUGAAAAGGUCUCAAGGGAAUUUUUGAUGAAUCGACUAGUUUCCGAGGUACUCGAGGGUUUAUGGAGAGCAAUAUCAAUAUAAUUUACGUUUUUUCAUCAAAUAUUCAAUUUGUUUUCUAGGAAUAUCUCGUAAACUAAUGAAUGUGAGGGUUAAUUAAUGAAGAUGGAGAGAUCUAGAGAAUUCCCCGGGUUUAUGAAGGAUAAUUAUGAAAUCCUCUCCUGCUCACCUAUGAGAUUAAAAACUAUAGGGGGGGUACAGGGGGGCUAGAGGAAUAUCUUGG